UCUCCCUCAGCCAUGACUCCUCCUCGCGGACCCUGGGGAACCACCGUCCGCAGCAGCAGCAGCAGGCCCCAGACACCAGCAAACACAGAGUAAACGGCACAUUUACUCACUGACUUCUCACCUUAAUCGAUCAAUCGAUUAACAAUUGAGACCUGUAUGCUAUUAAAUAAUCGUCGUCAUAAUUGGCCUCGUCGUUGUAUCUGUGGCGCGUGCAGCCUCAGGGCGUGGAAAUGGAAAAUAGAUAGGCCUGUAUUGACUCUUUUUAGGAUCAAAUAUAAAAAACAUUAGAAGUAAAAUAGAGUCGACCCUCUGCUAUCAUCACUUAUCUUUUUACAGGAUAAACGAGCUUAAGGGAAAAUCCUUUUGUUGAAAAUACAAAUAGGUCAAAAGCUUAACCUGAGCUUUUGUUUCUUUAAUCAAAAAAUUAAAACACCUCAACUAAAGCUUAGACUACACUACAACACUGCCUCGCGUUGUUACAGACCGUUACGCUGUGCCUGUUUGCUUUUUUUUUAAUGCUUUGCCCUCCACAAGCCUAUAUAGCCCACGACAGCCAAAUAAUAAUGAAUCAUUUCAUAAAUAAUGGGUUUAGGGGCUUAUCGGGAAUGAAGAGGCCGCUGCCGUGCGCUUAUCUCUCUCGGCCACAUUGCGGCCUGUGUUCCGCUCCCCAUACUGAGGGAGCGCGCUGGAUGCGACGAGGAAUAACUCAGCUACACACACACACACAUACACUCACACACCACACAUACACACACUGCUCCACAACUGGCAGAGGGAGAGAAAAAAAAGAAAAACCUCAGACAUGGAUGACCCACUCACAAAAUGGCUCCACUUACACAGUAACAUCAACAACACGGCUGGAACGGUAAGUCCAACCAAAAUAACAUCUCUUUUAUUUCGAGCGAUAUAUUUGUGGUUUCAAAUGACUCUAAUUGGAUUGCUCUCGUCUGGAUUUUAAUGGCGCUAUGAGCGGAAUAUUUAGCCUACAUUUUCCGCUAUUGUCCGAUCGGAUGGCUGAGGCUGAACGGGAUGUCAUAACGGAUGCGAGGCCUAUUAGAGAGAAAUCCCAGAAAGAAAAGACCACUCUUCUAUUAGCUGCUCGUUAUUCGUUUGUGGAAUUAUCUAAAAUGCGUUUUAUCCUGUUUUUAUCAAACACAAAAGCGUCUAUUUCUGACACGCAUUGUCGUCAAUAUGACAAGCCUUUGAUGGUCAGCAGCUAUGGCCUUCAUAUCGAUAUAAAACGAAAACUACACAACCUCUUCUGAUGCCCGUGGAUAUGGAAAUGAUCAGAUCCAUGUGUUUUUAUUUCUGGAUUUUGCUGAAGGCUGGAUUUAUUUCGACGUAGAGUGAAUUGAGCUCCCUUCGUGAUCCUGGCAUCCACGACCAUUUCAGCACAAAUAAUAAUAAUAAAAAGCAGCCGAAAUGUGCUUUUUAUAUAUUACGAAGUGAGCUUAAAUGUGGCUGAACGGUAACGGUGUUGAAGGCAAAGCGAGCUUUGAUAAGAAAUUCUGAGAAAGGAGGUGAAAAAAACACUCAUGGAGCCAGAAGAUAAGCUCUUAUAGUUAUCAUUUAAAUUAUAUAACUAAAGGUUCAAAUCUGGUAUCUUAUAAAAAUCUUCAUUAAAUGAGAAUACAAUUAUUAUAAAGCUUUAAAAAAUGAGAAAAUUAUGUUGGCUGUGACAUUUGACUUGAGGAAAAGCUGUUUACUAUUUCUUAAGCUUGCACUAAAAUGUGGAAUAUAUUAGGUUAAGUAAAACAGUUUGCAAUUUAGUUAAGACCCAAGCAUCUUUUCUCAUUUACAGUAAAAUACCAUAAAAUAAUCACCCAAUAGAAAAAUAUAUUGGCUGUGACAAUUGACUUAAAGAAAAGCUGUUUAUUAUUUCUAAAGCCUACACUAAAAUGUGGAAUAUUAGGUUUAGUAAAACAGUUUGCUACCUAUCUAUAGGUAACCCAAUCAUCUUUUCUGAUUUACAGUAAAAUACCGUAAAAAUAAUCACCCAAUAGAAAAAUAUAUUGGCUGUGACAUUUGAUUUGAGGAAAAGCUGUUUACCAUCUCUAAAGCUUACACUAAAAUAUCGAAUAUAUUAGGUUUAAUAAAACACUUUGCUAUUUAGUUUAGACCCAAUCAUCUUUUCUCAUUUACAGUAAAAUACCGUAAAAUAAUCACCCAAUAGGAAAGUAACAACUGGUGUUAAAUUGUCUUGAUUCUUUUUUAUUUAUAGGUAAAAAUAUGAGUGUAUUUAAAUUAAUGAUAGCCUAUAGCUAAAUAGUAACAGUGUUCCCUCAGAUUUUUACAGUCGUUUUUAAGGCCUCACAUACCGUUUUUUGUUCAAUCAAUUAACGUAAUAUCUUAUUUAGGACGUAGUGGACUCGAGCGCGUGGUGACGGUCUAAAAAUGAUGGAAAAACGGCAGCAGGAGCUCUGUCCCACUAGUCCUGAUGUAGAGUCCGGUCCUGGAAAGCGCGAGGACUCCACCAUCAUCAUCUCCAGACAAAACGGGUGCAAGGAGCAUGAGGAGCCGAGGAGGCGGGAAGAGGAGGAGGGGGAGGAGGAGGACAAGGAGAAGGGGAGGGAAAGGGAGAGGGAGAGGGGAGGGCGCUUGAAAGGGGCUGAGGAGACGGAUGACGUUCCUCUGCAGAACUCGAGCAACGGGACCAGCAUCAGCAUCAUCAUCAACGGCGUUGCCAAGGAAACUGCCUCUCACAACGCCCUUGACCUGAAAAGGGAAGUGCCGGUGAUCGAGCUCUCCAGGAGGGACGCUAUAAAAGCGCUCGAGCAGAGGACUGAGAGCCAUUUGGUGCCGAUCACGGAACUUCGCAGACCUCCACCGCUGCCGCUGCCGCCACCGCAACGAGACGACGCUCGAAUGGUCCAACUGAGCCCAAACGCGUUUCCUGUCCCGGCCCGGGCGAUGCUCUACAACCUGGCGCAGCCUCUCGCCGCCAUCAACAGGUAAAUGUCCAGAUGAAGGAAGGAUGGUGUAGUUUCAUGAAUGCAUGUUUUCAAUGAGCAGUUUGAGUGUUCAUGGUGGAAAGUUUGAAAUAAGGCCCUGCAGGAUUUUACUGCUGCUACUUUCAGUGGAAAUUAACUUUGUAUUUUGUUGACAUUUUUAGAGCAUUUACAACAAAGAGAAUAUGUGCAUGUGUGUGUAUGCAGGUGUGCUCAUGGUUCAAUAACAUUUUAAGGCUCACACAAUAAGGAAAAUGCAAUAUGCUGAAAUUGUAUAUUCUUGUAUCUCCACUUUUUGUCCUUUUUUCUGUUGCAAUAGUCUCGGAGGGGAGUCGGAGCAGUACAGCAUGUACCCCAGCAACAGGGUAAAGCGCCGCCCGGCGCCUUAUGAGGUUGAACUCGACGAGGGUAGGCGCAUUUUAGAUCUUUAUAAGUAUGGUAAGACGCACUUCUGCUGUGUCCUCCUUCUGCCAAUAUAUAUAGUCCCUUAUACGUCCCUUCCUCAUCCCCAUUGUCAUCCAUCCACUGACAGGGAUCUUAUAUUGCACCCAGUCUGGGGGUUGCGGAGGAUGCUUUGCAAAAAAAGUCAAAUUCAGUUUAUAACCCAGAUGUGUAAUUCAUGGCAUGAAUGGGUGCUGCUAAUCAGAAUGUCAAGUAUGUGUAUACCUGCAUAUAAUGUAGGCGGAUUUGUAGUUUAUUCCAUUUGAAACAUGCUUUCCAUCGCUGCCCACUCACUGCCACAUACAGGGGUGGAGGAUGGGGUGCUGCUGCUGCCUCCAUGCCAAGGUUUUACUGCAGAGUGGGCUGAAGGAUUAAGAUAGACUGGGUGUGUUCCAAGGGCGACAAUAGCCUGGAAGACACCAUUGUUGGGGGUGGGAGUACCUGCAGUGAGGCUUUUUAUCAUACCUAAAUAAAUGAAAAUUAUAUAAAACAUGGAAUAUAAAACGAAGUCUCCUCUUAACACUGUUACUUAAGGUUUGGUACAAUUCACAAAACUAUACACUCAUGUUGCAUUAUCUCACAGCACACUGUAGCAGUUUCUGCAAGUCGUUUUAGCUUCUGCUCUCCAUGUGCAACGAAGGACAGUUUGCAGUUUUAUUCUGUAGCAUUCGCAAGUAUUUGUUUCGGAUGAUGUUUAUUUUUCUGACAACCUCUGUGCAUCUUCUCUGCUGCCGCCGCUGCUGCUCCUCUCAUUGUAAUUGUUGCAGUUGUGUUGCUCUGCAGUUUUGAGACCACAUUGUUUCAGCUUUGCAUUUCACGCUAUUUGUGUCACUCUCUCCUCUUGAUGCUUAUUUUACUUAUAUCGUUCUCCUCUGUUUUUCCAUUAGCUGGCCAGCCAAAGAUAGUUCGCCGUAUCUUCACUAACAGUCGUGAACGUUGGCGGCAGCAGAACGUAAACGGGGCCUUUGCGGAGCUCCGCAAACUCAUCCCCACACACCCCCCGGACAAGAAGCUCAGCAAAAACGAGAUCCUGAGGCUUGCAAUGAAGUAUAUCAGCUUCCUCUCCAACCUGCUGGAAGACCAGGAUGGGGGGAGGAACGUUGGCAGCACAACUGACGAGGAAACAGGGCUGCUAGUUGGGGCCCAUGAGGGCGGACCGCAGGGGGGCCCACAUCAGGACGCGGUGGUGGGUUUGGCAAGGGACGAUCUCUUGGAGACAAUGUCGCCGAGCUCGAGCUGUGGAAGCCUGCCUGAUGGUGAUGCUGAGGGCAGUCCUGAGAGCUUUAUGGAGGAACAGGACUCACCUCCAGCUCCAAGGACUCUAACGGCCUCACGCGGGCCCCCGCUGCACCUCACUGCUCGGGAUCUGCGACGCAACGGGCGCCCCAUAGAUGGGUCCAGUCGCCGAUGAUGCUGUCGCCAAAUGACCAGAAAAACCUGAGACUGAAAAAAUGGACAAUGAGAGGGACUGAAAAAAGAGAAAGAUAUGCUCAGGAACUGUUAGUUUUGAGUUGAGAGAGAGAGAGAGAGAGAGCGGGUUCAAAUGGAUCAUGAGUACGUCUCCUAAAUACACUCGAGGCAACACUGAUGAAUGGCUUGGUUUAAUCAGAAUUCUGUUGAAUUUGAUAUGAAAAAAAAAAAAGACUUGUAAAUUCUGCAUGUCUCACGUCUUUGACUGACCUGCGGAUCAAAUCCAAAACCUGGAUAUUGAAAAAAAGUGCACAUCCACAAAAAAAUGAAUCAAAAGACACACUUAACCCGACAAGAUGAAACCAAACAUAAAACCCACCAUGAGAUACAUAUUUCAGAUUCUAUCAUUGUUUUGACCGGUGAUAUUGAUCAGAGUGUGGUGCAGUCAGAAUAAAUCCAAAAUCGCUUCAAGUAAAUAAAAACCAGUGAAGAAAUCCUGAGAUUUAUCAGAGGUAUAUUCAGUGUGUUAGAAUACUAACACAAGAGUGAAGUCAGCCUCAGAUGGAGGUGGUUAUAAAAACCAACUGGACUCUAUUGUUCUCAUGCAGUUGCGUAUGCAUUGUAAAUAGCAUCAUAUUUCCACUGCACAGUGUAACAACAGUGACUGGAGUUCAAGUCGUGUGGUUUAAGCUGUACUGUUGUGUGUUUGUCCGAGCCAAAUGGUCUUUAAGGAGACAGAAAAGAGAACAGAGGAAGAGACAUGAAGAACUCAACCUAGUGCGUCAAAUGUGGUACCAUAAGUCUGUUUCACUCUGCUUAAUAAGAAAUGACACCUAAUAGGGUGACGGACAGAUAAACAGUUUUACUGCCUGAGUUGAAAAUAUCUGUGGAGGUACAAGACAUGCAGUGUUUCUUAAAAGUGUACAAAUAUAUGAGUCAUAUGGUAUCAUAACAUGACUCAUGCAGCCCUUUUUAUAUGAAUGUUUCAGUGUUUUUUUUAACUGUAAUGCAGUUGUAGUUUAGUGAGGUACACAGAAAUCCCUUGCGCCGCAUUUCACACACACACACACACACAUGCACGCGCACGCACACAAAAACAAACAGUGUUAAUAUCAUGACAACACCAGCAGUUUUUCACAAAUACAGUUAAGUAUUGCUCACUGUUGUUCGUUGUUCUGCUUUUUCAGCAGGACCUAGUAGCCUAUAUUGGUACCUUUGGUAACUAUGGUAUUUUAUGACUUGCAGUAAAGGGACAUUGUACGUUUGGUAAUAACAUAUUUGUUGUAUGAUAGCUGUAUCUAUAAAUAUAUCCAAUGUCAAAGCGAUGAUUUUAUACAAAACCCCUGAAUAAAACACACAGAGGACAAGACUGGUAUUUGAUUCUGCUAAAGCAUGCUGUCAGUUUAAUUCACAUGGAGUUCAUUUGUUUACAAAAUUUUACCUUUUUUUUUUUCCUCCAACAUUCACUCACGUAUUACUAAUUUAAAAUGUAUAUACUCUUACUCUUGACAGAUUUCUAGAGGUAGAAAAAUCCCAUGCAACUGUUUCCCACUUAAUCUCCACACAGACUGAGAAGUUACAACCACACCUCCUCUUGAAUUCCCCCAAUGAUCGCUGGAAUCCUCACUUCCUCCCUACAAGUGACAACUUCCUGCAGAGGUUAACGUGUCUCGGUGACCUGCAGGAUAUCCUGCCAUUGUGAAAGUGGUUUGGACAGCCUCUGCUGCACUCGUUUGCAGGCUGUUGUGUCUGUUCACAGACAGUAAGUUAUGCGCUUACGCAAUCAAAAAGUUAUGUCCACAAGAUUAUAGUUUCAUAUGAGAAUUAAGGAGUUGAAUGCGACAUUUUUGAACGUCCGCUUGCUCCCUUUUUCCAGCUGCACUCCUGCAGCAUCGCCUGCUCUCCAGCGUUUCGAAAAUCUUUCUUUAAAACUAGAACUGCUUCCGGAGAGCAUCAGAGACAUCCAGGUGUUUGGAGACCCCUCCUGUUUGCAGACUGACUGAGGGGCUCUCAGGGUUAAUGCCUGCCAAACAUUUACCUGCUUCAGUCCCAACUCUCCAAAAACACACAAAAGAUGGGGAUACGGGGAGUGUGUGUGUGUGUUUGUGUGUGUUUGUAUGUGUGUUUGUGUGGAUUGAAAGAGAAGGAAGGAGAGGAGGCUUGUUGCCAUGUUCAUGUUUGUGUGUUUGUGAGAGGAGGCUUCAGUGAGUGUGCGCUCUUGUUCUGCAUGUGUGUGUAUGUGUGUGUG